CGGCCCAUUGUGGAAAUCUUCCGCUUGCAUAGGCGUCCGCACUUGCGGGAGGACGAUGAACAUCGGCGUACAUCGACGCUGUGACUUCUCCAGCCGCUUUGCUGUGUUUUUCUCGUGAGCACUUUUCCGAGGCUAGCCAUGGGACAAAGAGGAUCCGCGUCGCGUUUGGGCCGCUUUGUGGCCGCUGCGAUUUUGUGCAGCGUGGCCUCGGCGAAUUUGAGAUAUUCCAUUUCCGAGGGGGUCAACGAAGGAACCGCGGUGGCAAAUAUAGCCAAGGAUCUUGGCCUGGAUAAAGGCGCACUGAAAGAAAGGAGGUUUCGCGUGGUUUCCGGUGGCGCUGAGCCUCUUUUCCACGUGAAUCCAAACGACGGCAUCCUCUAUGUGAGCCGCCGAAUUGACAGAGAGGAGGUGUGCGCACAGAGCACGGCGUGUUUGAUUGAUUUAAAAACCGUGCUGGAAAACCCACUCGAGGUCCACUACGCGCGAGUGGACGUGCUGGACGUAAAUGACCACGCCCCGAGUUUCCAGGAGAAGGAGAAAAAAAUGGACAUUUUUGAGUCAGUUUUGCCCGGAGCUCGCUUUCAGCUCAAAGCGUCACGUGAUCUUGAUAGCGGCCCGUUUUCCGUGCAAAAUUAUAGACUCAGUCAAAACGAUCAUUUUCGUUUGGAGGUCAAAGACAAAGGACAAGAUGGAAAAAUACCAGUCUUAGUUCUGCAGAAAUCUUUGGACAGAGAGGCAGCGAGACGCCACUCCUUAGUGCUGACGGCGGUGGAUGGAGGGAAACCGCCCAAAUCCGGAGACAUGAAUAUAUUAAUAACCGUUUUAGAUGUCAACGAUAACGCUCCUGUGUUUUCUCAAGACGCAUAUUCUGUGAUGCUCCAAGAAAAUGCUCCCGUGGGCACAACAGUUGUGCAAGUAAAUGCAACCGAUUUGGAUGACGCUCAAAACGGAGAUGUAAUUUACUCAUUUGGCGACAGUGUGAGUAAUGUUUUAUUUCAACUUUUUGACAUUAACCGCGUGACAGGAGAGAUAAUUGUCACUGGUGUCAUCGACUAUGAGGAGAGGGAGACAUAUGAAAUUGAAAUUCAAGCGUCAGAUAAAGGGUUUGCCCCACUAACAGCGGAAAAAAGCGUCCUCAUCAAGAUCGUCGAUGUGAAUGACAACGCACCGGAGAUGGAAGUGACGUCAUUUUCCAGCUCCAUUCCGGAAGAUUCCAGACUAGGAACCACAGUUGCUCUCAUCAGUGUGAAUGACUUGGAUUCCGGCCUCAACGGGAAAGCGAUUUGCUCCAUAAGCGAGGAUGUUCCUUUUGCCUUGUCGCCGUCAUUACAAGACAAAAUGUAUUCUUUGGUGACCAAAUCCCCUCUGGACCGCGAGAAAAGCUCCACAUACGAUAUAUCGGUCGUUGCAAGAGACGCCGGUCAACCCGCACGCUCGUCUGAGAAGACGAUAAGCGUUUGCAUUUCAGACGUCAACGAUAACAGUCCCGAGUUUUCCGUCGGUCCUUAUACUUUCUAUGUUGCCGAGGGCAACGACGCAGGGGCCCCCGUCUUCUCCGUCCGAGCCUUCGAUCGCGACGACGACGAGAACGCCGCCGUGACGUAUCGAAUUCUUCGAGAGGAGGGGAGAGGAGAAAAUAAACCCUCUUCAUUUCUAAGUAUAAAUAGCGAGACUGGAGAAGUGACGGCGCUGAAGAGUUUUGACUUUGAGACGCUGAAAAGCUUCCAGUUCCAGGUGUCGGCCACCGACGGCGGAAGUCCUCCGCUGAGCGGCAACGUGACGGUGAAGGUGUUCAUUCUGGAUCGGAACGACAACGCUCCGGUCAUCCUGUAUCCGCUCGGCUCCAACGGUUCCGCCCGAGGCGCGGCGGAGAUUCCCCGCGACGCCAAAGCGGGAGACUCGGUGACGAAGGUCCGAGCCUACGACGCCGAUACGGGAUAUAACGGCUGGUUACUGUUUUCGCUGCGGCCGCUCGGCGAGCGCGCUCUCUUUUCUCUGGACCGCUAUACGGGCCAGAUCAGAACACUUCGCCCGUUCACGGAGACGGACGAGGCCGAGCAUCGACUGCUCGUACUGGUCAAAGACAACGGCGACGUUUCGCUCUCGGCCACGGCGACCGUGACCGUCAAACUGGCGGAGCCCAAAGAGGCUUUCGCGGCUUCCGACCACGCGGGAAGCGCGGCCGAAGAGGACGAGCGCGAGGACCGGGUGACUUUUUAUCUGGCGCUGACUUUGGGCUCGGUCUCGCUGCUUUUGGUCAUCAGCGUGGUGGUGCUGAUCGCCAUGCGCUGCUCCAAAUCCGCAGAGUCCACUUCCAAAUAUCUACGAGACGCUCGUUACGACGGCACGCUGUGUCACAGCAUCCAGUACAGAUCGGGAGACAAACGCUACAUGUUGGUCGGACCCAGAAUGAGUGUUGCUUCCGCCGGCGCCCCGGGCAGCCACGCCGGCACGCUGGUGCUGCCCGACGCCAGACGCGCGGCCGCAGGGGAGGUAAGACAAUACGACAUCAAAAGUGCAGUCAAAGUGGACAAUGAGGACAGUGUGACUUUUGAUAUCAUGGUCACUUUGGGCUCGGUCUCGCUCCUUUUUGUCAUCAGCGUCAUGGCGCUGAUCGCCAUAUGCGCUGCUCUAAAUCCACUUCCCGAUAUCUGCAAGACACGACUGGAACUAUGA